AUGAAAAACCUCCUCAUUGGGGCUGGAAGAGCUGACUGCACUGGCUUCCUAGCAGAUGUUCCUUUGAUGGGUUAUGCUAGUGGUGAUCAGACAGCAGGAGGACUUCACACUCGUCAGUACAGCCGAGCCUUCAUUGUAGCCCAACCUGAUAAUUCAAAGAGGGUUGUGUUUGUCAGUGCAGACAUAGGAAUGAUGUCUCAGAGAGUCCGACUGGAGGUUAUUGACAAGUUGAAAACCAAAUAUGGAGAUUUAUACAGACAAGACAAUGUAGUGUUAAGUGGCACUCACACCCAUUCUGGACCAGCGGGCUUUUUCCAAUACACAAUCUUUAUGUUGACAAGUGGAGGAUUUCACAGACAGGUCACUGAUGCCAUUGUCAACGGUAUUGUUAAGAGCAUUGACAUAGCACAUACAAAUCUAAGAAGAGGAAAGGUGUAUGUGAACAGGGGCACUGUAGAGGAUAGCCAUAUCAACAGAAGCCCCUCCUCCUAUCUGCGCAACCCAGAAUCAGAGAGAGCCAGGUACCCAGAUAACACAGACAAAGACAUGGUUAUAGCAAAGAUGGUGGACUUGGACGGAAAGGAUAUUGGGCUCAUAAGCUGGUUUGCUGUGCAUGCCGUUAGUAUGCCAAACACUAACCACUUGAUCAGCAGUGACAACUUGGGCUAUGCAUCUUACUUGUUUGAGCUGGAAAAGAAUAAAGGGUUUCUGCCUGGAGAGGGAUCUUUUGUAGCGGCUUUCGCAUCAUCAAAUCUUGGGGAUGUGACGCCAAAUACCAGGGGACCUCAUUGUACAAAUACAGGUCUUUCAUGUGAAAAUCCAACUAGUACUUGUCCAGAAGGUGGGGUUAUGACCUGCAUUGCCACUGGCCCUGGAGAGAAUGUGUUUGAGAGUACAAGAAUCAUAGGGGAAAAUAUAUUUUUAAGAGCCAAGAAUUUGUAUGAAGAAGCAUCCAAGCAGAUAGAAAGCAACGUGAAUUCUGCCCACCAGUGGGUUAACAUGAGUAGUGUCAUUGUGAAACUUAAUGACACCCAUAGCGCAUCAACCUGUAAACCUGCCCUUGGCUACAGCUUUGCUGCUGGAACAAUUGAUGGUCCUGGGCUGAUCAAUUUCACUCAUGGAAUGACAGAGGGAGAUCCGAUGUGGGAUGAAUUAGCAGCAGCACUUCUUGGCACACCAUCAAAUGAAACAAUAGAAUGUCACCAGCCAAAACCCAUCCUGCUGAACACUGGAGAAGCAAUCAGUCCUGUACCAUGGCACCCAACUAUAAUUGAUGUUCAGAUAAUUACUAUUGGAUCUUUGGCUAUAGUUCCUGUUCCUGGAGAGUUUACAACCAUGUCUGGAAGAAGACUAAGAGAAGCUGUGAAACAGGAACUGGAUCUAUCUAAUUCUAUGAACACUGAUGUGGUUAUUUCGGGACUUAGUAAUGUAUAUACACAUUACGUUGCAACCUUUGAGGAGUAUCAGGCGCAAAGGUAUGAGGCUGCAUCUACUAUUUAUGGGCCUCAUACACUGUCUGCAUACCUGCAACUGUACCGAGGGCUGGCCAAAGCAAUUGCAGAGAACACUGUUGGUGAAUUACCUAAAGGACCGCAGCCACCAUUUUUCAAUGAGUCAGAACUUUUUAGCUUCUUAGGCACUGUUCUUCCAGAUAAAGCCCCAGGAAAUACAACCUUUGGAGACGUUUUAGAGGAAGUGAAUCCUCAGUAUCUGGCAGGUGAAGUAGCUUCAGUUACAUUUGUUGCUGGGAACCCCAGGAAUUCUGUGACAUACAUGGCUGAGGAUACUUACCUGAAAGUUGAAAAAUAUGAAAGUUAA